CCUCCUUCAUUUGAACGACACCUUUGCAAGUCUCUCCAAAUACGUACAAGGGUCUUUCAUUCGCUGCCGAGGAAGGUUUUCUUACAGAAAAUUUCCCAUUAAAGAAAGAAAAUUCUCUCUCGGGCAGCUUUAGCGCAAUCAAAUCUCCGAGUUCUGAUCAUAUAAAAUGGCUCGCUCUUUCUCCAACGCUAAGCUUCUCUCUGCUCUCGUCGUCGACGGAUUCUCUAAUGCUAUAAGCAGACGUGGAUACUCGGCAUCAUCACAAGGAAUAAUGGCAACGGUAGCAAGAGGAGGGACUUCCGGUGCGAGGAUGGGGAAGACGCCAGGGGAAGAUGCGACUCGGUCCACCGAGAAGGUGGCUUGGGUCCCAGACCCCGUGACUGGCUACUACAGACCAGAGAAUAGCGUGGAAGAGAUCGACAUGGCAGAGCUGCGUGCACUGCUCUUAAACAACAAGCACUGAUAAACGUGGCGAUUGGCGAGGGGAUUUCAUUCUCCGACGGCCUUGAAAUUUACUUGCCUGCGACGGAAAAAAGAAAUUACUUAAAAAUGGGGCCCCACGCAGGGGUCUCGACUGUGGAGUGGAGAAACAUUGGACUUGGACGAAUUAUUUAUGGCUUUUGCUGUAACUCUACUUUAGUGGCGACUGGAUAUUUAAUAAAUGUUAGUUCCUUUCUUUUCGUAAUGAAAUUACAGAUACUAUUUUUAUGAUUUUA